GUGGAGUCCACAGCGCCCCCUCGCCCUAGGCGGGGUGGAGACAGCGAGACGACGCCCAUGAUCAGCUGGUUACAAAACUCGAGGAAUAAGUUUAAUAUCUAUUGGUCUGCAAAUCCGGAGACCUUGCGGCCUCACUGGUCCUCCUUCCCUCUGAGCUAUCUCUACACCCAGCCUUCGAUUAGAAGGAGAUUUAGAAGCAGAGCUGCCCGCAGCGAAUACUUUUAAUGCCCGGGCCGGGAAGAAAGCGGGUUAGGAUCUGAUCCCGCUGAAUAGAGGAGCCAGGAGCCUCCCGCCCCGGGUGCUCUGUAGUGCGGGGGCGCGCUGCGCGCUGCGCCUGGGCGGCUGGCGGCGGCGGCGGCGGCGUGGGCGCGGUGAUGCAGGUGUGACACCCGCCGGCGCCUGCCUCCGCCCGGAUCGCCCAGCUCCGCGUUAGCCAGAGCUGCACGCGGGGCUGCCGGGGCGGACGCUGCUCUGCCUGCAUCCGGAGGCGGCCGCCAGCGGAUUUCCCACCCAGGUAGGGGACGGCGUUGCUCGCUGCGGUGCAACCGACCCAGCCGGGGCGCGGACCCCGCGUGCGCCAGGGCUCCCAGACUCGCCUGCCUGGGCUGAAAUAUACACGCUCGCACAGCUGAGUGCUGUUCAUAGUAAAUGGCACAAAAGACCGGAGAGUCUUGGGAAGCCGGCGCAGAAAAGCAAGGACUUGCCCGCUGCCUGGAGCUGUGCGCUUCUUUGAAAGCGGUCUCCCCAAGGGCUGUUUUAAAACCCUGUUUGAACUAUUAGCGCCAUAAGUAGUUUUGCAACUUAUAAAUGUCAGGCUGCUGGCAUUUAUAGCUCCGUUUCCAUAAGCUUCCUAGCAGCUGCUUUUAGUUUCAGUUACAUUCUAGUAGAUGGAUUUUGUUAUUGUUGUUGGUUUGUUCUUAAAGAACAGAAUUCAAACGUGCUUACACCUGGUGACUCUUGGGGUUUGUGAGUGUGUAUUUCUGUAUGUGCAGGGCGCCCUCCGUAGGCGUGGGAGCCGUUUCUUAGGGACACAGAAGGAUUUGUUUAUGGACGGGUUUUAGCGCAAGGGAAGGAAAAUGACUUGUUUUGCAGGGAUGGGCUAGCCAAUGCGUUUAGCCAGGGAGGAGCAAGGCACCGCUGUGUCUUCGGCAGACGGGCGGUAGAAAUCUCUGCUGUCCAGGGUUCAGCAGGGCUGAUGAAAUACAAUCCUUUAUCUGGAAAUUACAGAUGCAAAUUACUCCGUUUAAGGGUAACUUAACGUUGGUGUCUUGGGCUCUGAUAAGAGCAGCCCCAGUGGGGUGGGGUGGGACGCUGGGGGAUGCUUGCUGGCUUUCUAGCCCUUGGGGAGGUGAAUGUGGGUGGCUUUGGGGCUCAGAGAGUGGCAGGUGAGGGGUGAGGAGGGUGCAUGAGGGAGGACUGGGCACUGUAGUGGGCUCAGCGGUGGUUCUGGUCUAUGCUGGUCUCCUCUGUGUUUCCGCUUCCUGCCCUUUCCAGAAGAGGUGACUUGUUCUGCUUGUUCCAGUUGGUGCAGUAGGUACAGGCUCGUUCUGCUUCUUUCUUGAGUCAGCAAAUACUUACUGAGCACUUAGUAUUUGUCAGAGAUGGGAUUAGUCCUUGGGGAUGCAGAGAUGAUGAUAACAAUGUCCUGGCUCCCUGAGGUUCACACCUGGUAGGGGGAGAAGCACUCGUAAUCAGGAGGUGGGUAAGUUCAUGAUGGUGUUGGAAAAGAGCAGUGAGAGCAGAGAGGAGGAGGAAAUUGAUAGUGGCAGUGAUUAGUAUAAAAAUGAAGCCCUCAUGGAUUAGGCAUGACAUGGAUUUCAGCAGGGACUGGGUCGCUGUCUUGGUUCUUCGGUCUGGGAGUGACCCACAUGACUCUCCCACACCAUUGCCAUCACUGCCACUGGGUGGGCAGAGCUUUACAAGUCUCGGCUGGGCUGGUGUUUGCAGUACGUGACUAGACCCCAGUAGGCACAGGGUGACACCCAGAGAGGAGCACACGCAAUACAAGUCAGACUUUUAAUUUUUUCCUUUUUUAAUGAAUGGUUUUCCUGAAUUCCAGGACUAUGAAGGUUUUGAAGCAGCACUUCACAAAGGCCGGGGCUCUAGAAAAUUCUGAGGGAGUUUCAGAGCAGAUGAACUUCUGUCUGGUUCUCCCUGGGUCCCCGACCUAUCUGUUCUUGUCCCAGCCCAGUUCGAAAGGAAAACUCCCUUCAUUUUCCCUAAAUGGGUGGAAUAAGGGAAAACUAAAGCUGUUACUACCAGUCUUUUCUGGGAGAUGAAAAUCCAAUCUCAAGGAUGUUUCUUCCUGGACCAAAGCUGUGAUGGGUGAAGAAAAAUGAUAGAAUGGAAAGCUCUUGUGUUAUGUAUUUGCCAGAGAUGUGUGUUACAUGCGCCUACAUCAUCAUUAAGGUAUUUGAAAAGCAGCGUGUGCUACAAGAAGCAUGAGCGUGGAUGCUCAGACAGACCUAGGUCAUAAGACUCUCAGUCCAGAGAGGGCCCUGCCCCACGCCCAGAAGGAAGGAAUGCUGCCCAGAGACGACCAGAGGAAUCUAGACAGAGCAUAACCUUCGGUGGCAGGACAAAUCAGGCCAGCACGCAGUCUGCCAAGUCCUGCUCACUACCUGUCAAGAAAAACAGCUGGAUCCAUUUCUAAUCAACACUUCCCAACACAACACUUGUGAGUCUCUGAAGGAGACCAGGGCUUGAAACUUUCCAGACUUCCAACAGACAUCGAGUGCAAAAGGAUAUUUAGGUCGUCUUUGCACAAAUCUGGUUGAUUUGAGAGAUAAAGAGGGGAGAAAACGAGUGUGACUUUCACCUAAGAAGUCACAUGAACAUAUUUCACAUUUGAACUACAUAAUGAAUGAUGGUUAUUGAAAUAGCCCAAACCUCUACCACAGAGGGAGGGAUAUAGCUCAAGAGGCAAGCAGGCAGUUGCAGAACCAAGGAAUGGAUGACUACAAGUAUCAGGACAACUAUGGGGGCUAUGCUCCCAGUGAUGGCUAUUACCGUGGCAAUGAGUCCAACCCAGAAGAAGAUGCACAGAGUGAUGUCACCGAAGGCCAUGAUGAGGAAGAUGAGAUCUAUGAGGGCGAGUACCAGGGAAUCCCUCACCCAGAUGAUGUCAAGGCCAAGCAGGCCAAGAUGGCACCCUCCAGAAUGGACAGCCUUCGGGGCCAGACAGACCUGAUGGCUGAGAGGCUGGAAGAUGAGGAGCAGUUGGCCCACCAGUACGAGACCAUCAUGGAUGAGUGUGGCCAUGGCCGCUUCCAGUGGAUCCUCUUUUUCGUCUUGGGUUUGGCCCUGAUGGCCGAUGGGGUGGAAGUGUUCGUGGUGAGUUUUGCCCUGCCCAGUGCAGAGAAGGACAUGUGUCUGUCCAGUUCCAAAAAAGGAAUGCUAGGGAUGAUAGUCUACUUGGGAAUGAUGGCGGGGGCCUUCAUCCUGGGAGGCCUGGCUGAUAAGCUGGGAAGGAAGCGAGUCCUCAGCAUGUCUCUGGCUGUCAAUGCCUCCUUCGCCUCCCUCUCUUCCUUCGUGCAGGGAUAUGGAGCCUUCCUCUUCUGCCGACUCAUCUCAGGCAUCGGUAUUGGGGGUGCUCUGCCGAUUGUUUUUGCCUAUUUUUCUGAAUUCUUGUCUCGGGAGAAACGAGGAGAACACCUCAGUUGGCUGGGCAUCUUCUGGAUGACUGGGGGCCUCUACGCAUCUGCCAUGGCCUGGAGCAUCAUCCCACACUAUGGCUGGGGCUUCAGCAUGGGGACCAAUUACCACUUCCAUAGCUGGAGAGUGUUUGUCAUCGUCUGUGCUCUGCCCUGCACCGUGUCCAUGGUGGCCCUGAAGUUCAUGCCAGAGAGCCCAAGGUUUCUGCUAGAGAUGGGCAAACAUGAUGAAGCCUGGAUGAUUCUCAAGCAAGUCCAUGACACCAACAUGAGAGCUAAGGGGACCCCAGAGAAAGUGUUCACGGUUUCCAACAUCAAAACUCCCAAGCAAAUGGAUGAAUUCAUUGAGAUCCAAAGUUCAACAGGAACCUGGUACCAGCGCUGGCUGGUCCGAUUUAAGACCAUUUUCAAGCAGGUCUGGGAUAAUGCCCUGUACUGUGUGAUGGGGCCCUACAGGAUGAAUACACUGAUUCUGGCUGUGGUUUGGUUUGCCAUGGCAUUAAGUUACUAUGGACUGACAGUUUGGUUUCCUGAUAUGAUCCGCUAUUUUCAAGAUGAAGAAUACAAGUCUAAAAUGAAGGUAUUUUUUGGUGAGCAUGUGUAUGGCGCCACAAUCAACUUCACGAUGGAAAAUCAGAUCCACCAACAUGGGAAACUAGUGAAUGAUAAGUUCACAAGAAUGUACUUUAAACAUGUACUCUUUGAGGACACAUUCUUUGACGAGUGCUAUUUUGAAGAUGUAACAUCAACAGAUACCUACUUCAAAAAUUGUACCAUUGAAUCAACCAUCUUUUACAACACAGACCUCUAUGAGCAUAAGUUCAUCAACUGUCGGUUUAUCAACUCCACCUUCCUGGAGCAGAAGGAGGGCUGCCACAUGGACUUGGAGCAAGACAAUGACUUCCUGAUUUACCUCGUCAGCUUCCUGGGCAGCCUGUCUGUCUUACCUGGGAACAUCAUUUCUGCCCUGCUCAUGGAUAGAAUUGGAAGGCUCAAGAUGAUUGGUGGCUCCAUGCUAAUCUCUGCAGUCUGCUGCUUCUUCCUGUUUUUUGGCAACAGCGAGUCUGCGAUGAUUGGCUGGCAGUGCCUGUUCUGUGGGACGAGCAUUGCAGCCUGGAAUGCUCUGGAUGUGAUCACAGUGGAGCUGUAUCCCACCAACCAGAGAGCAACAGCCUUCGGCAUUCUCAAUGGAUUAUGCAAAUUUGGCGCCAUCCUGGGAAACACCAUCUUUGCUUCUUUUGUUGGGAUAACCAAAGUGGUCCCCAUCCUUCUGGCUGCUGCUUCUCUGGUUGGGGGUGGCCUGAUUGCCCUUCGACUGCCAGAGACUCGAGAACAGGUCCUGAUGUGAACAACCUAUGGGAAAAGGAAAGGUCGAGAGAAUCUUGUCCAGGACACUAAAAUGCAUCCACACUUCCUGCCUAUCACGGUCCAGAGGACACCUUGGAUAACACGGGAGGAGAAGUUGACUUUGUGACCCCUAGUUUAGGACCCACUUCAGCCUGUCAAUAUGUUUGUAACUCAGGUGACUGAUUUGGGGGUGCCCUGAGCCACCCUUAGAAUCACAGAGCUGCGUGUUUAACUUCAGGUCUUCCCAGUCCAAGGCAGGGAGAGGAUUCUCCAAGGAGUGCACACACUAUGCGAGGAGUAAGCAUUUCUCUAAAUCAAGUGCAAGGACUUACUUGCAUUUCAAAAGGAAUUAGAGGGUAAGAAACACCCAAGCUCCUCCAGAAAGCUCCUUGGAGCCCAGCAACUUAACAAAUCAACUUGGAAGUUAGAGUCAUUAUGUGAAGAUUGGGCUUGAAGUACAGGAUAUGUAUAUUUUUGCAUUUAAAAGUAUCACCUAUCAUAUUUUCCACUCAAAAAUUGGCAUAGUAGCGUUGAGGAUACUCUGAUCUAGAAAUUCAAAUAUUUGAGCAACAUCUAUAGAGAUCUACUUUUCUCCUAUGUCUCCUAGGCCUUUCACGAUAAUUAGGUGAUACAUUUAAGAAGGAUAUUUAUUUCUGUUUUGCUCUAUUCAAAGAAACUGAAUGGGAUAGUUAUUCUGUAAACUAAGUUUGUAUAUAACUUUAUUUGGGUUUAAUUUCCACAACUGGUAUCUACAAAUAUUGCCAGCAUUUUAGCCAUAUUUUGGGAGAACUUGGUGUUUGAGGUCCCAGGAAAUGAGGUCUGAUCAAAUGCAAUGCAAGCACAAUUUCUUACAGCCAUUUAACUUUCUGUUGGGGGGACACACUUAACAAACUCACAUUGUGCAGUCCACUUAAUCCAGGCACUUUUCUUUGUGCAGGUGGGGUGAGUAGUUACUUCUCUCUCUCACACAGAUGACUUGUGAAACUCAAGCUCACCAUCUUCAGUGCUGGCAUUUUACUUUGCCACUCACCCAAAAACAAUGUGAGAUGUGUUCAGUGGCCUCUGGUACUCUUUGUAGGCAAGAAUCAAACAACAUGGGGACUGAGGGAGGGAUGGGGAAGUGUAGCCAUAGUUCUUCCAAAUGUAAAUACUUUUUGUUUAUUCUAGUGGUAAAAUGCAAAUGCAAUCCAUAUUUGUUGGGAUGGUCAGGUCUCAUGAGAAAUCUAUGCUACGUGUCCAGGGCUUUUGAAACAGAGUCCAUUGGAGUGGGAGUUAGGGAGUGUAGUGGAUGCCAAUAUGUUUUUCUUCAGUGCUUAAGAGAACUGUUUCCUGAAGUCCAGCUUUGAACAUAAACAGGAGUGUGGGUUGGGGGAGGAGCCUAGGACAAACCUUUCUGACGAAGGUCAGCGAUAGACUGAAGUCUUGACUGCAUGGAAGAGGAACAACAUCAGAACUGUCUGACAAUGGAGGGGACAGCGAGCUAUGCACAACCGCCAGCGGAGGUGAACUUGAACCUGCCCAGGCCGGAUGAACAUCAGCUGGCAAGAACUGGUUCUUUGAGUUGAUUUGCAGUGCUCUCAAUGGGCAAGUGCCACAUUUUCCCUGUCAGAGAUCUCCAAAAAUUUAAAACAGAAUAAUAAUGGCUGUAUCGAGUGUUUUCUCAGUUUUGGAGAAAUGCUUAGGUCCUAUGAUAGCUUUGGGACAUCUUUCUGUAAUUUUCCUCAAUUAACGGGUUGGUAGGGGUAAAUCUUAUGACACCUUUCGACCGUCGAUUUGAGAUCAGUUUUAAUGAUUAAAAUGUUUACUCUCCUUCUGUCAACCCUCACCUUUUUAUUUACACCCCUCCCUUUUUUUCCUGUACAGGGAGAGAAGACAUAUCGACUCUGACUGGACACGCUGAUUCCUCCAAAUAUAUAUACCACUGUGUGUUAUCUUUCUCUCAGUGUUUUACAGGAGUGCUAACAUAAUGCUGUGUCAAUAAUGAAAGGCUUGAUGUAACGUAGCUGUAAUUUACUUUCCAUAUGAAUACAGUGGCUAGUUUCAUAAAAGAGAAUUGUGUGAGUCUGGGAUUACCACAUCUAAAACAUUAUUCUUUAAUGGGAUAAUACAAUUCAUUGAGCAGCUACCACUUAAAAAAUUUGCAGGACAGUUAGAGCCUGCAUUUCUAGUUAAGAUGGAUCUCGUAAAUUUAAAAUUGGAUUAACUUUUGAGUGUGGGGUGGCUGCAAUAAUUUGGGGGCUAACUCCAUUUGGUUUCCAAGCUCUCACUUCUGCAUUAUCUUUACGGCUCUGUAAACCAGCCACCUAGCCAAUCAAGGGCAAUUCCCAUCUCAUCCGCCACUCAGGUCUUUGUAAAGGGUGCAGCCAAGCUCUGCAGACUUUUCUCAUGAAGGAUUGUCUAGCCUGAGUACCUGGCUACUUCUUAAAUGCUGUCACUCCUGCUGAGAUAAAUGCGUCUUUAAAAAUAGUCUCUGUGGCAGGUCACUGGGGGACAAUAUAUAGCAUUCUGGCCAUCCACUUCUUUUUCAUUUCAUGGUCUACCCCAAGAGACUCCCGAUGUCGGCUGUGGAGGGUUAAAGGGAUGAGGCUCUCCUUUGUUGAGCAAAUCUGUUCACAGUUCCUGAUGAUGUAUUUUAUGAUGCCCAGCUUGGAAAUAGUUGCUUUCCAUAGUCUCAACUGUAUUGUGUCAUCUCCUGAUGCUGAUUUUUGAUCUUUUGUUUUAUUAAAAAUAAUUAGUGAAAGAGGUGUGCCUAUCUGUGAAGUUUGUAGUACAUUAUCCUGAGGUCAUGUAACAAAUGACCCCCAACCCAGCGUUCCCUGCUACCUUGUGUUAGUUCAUUAAAACUAAAUAAUAAAAAUAACUGCAAGAAAACCUUAAGAA